AUGGCCCUCAGCACCGGCCUCACCGCCUCGCUCCGGCCCGCCCUGGCCGCUCUGCGCCGGGCAGCCCCCAGGCACUGCCGGGGCCUCAGCACCCCGCAGGCAUCAGAGCCCUCAUUCAAUCUCGGCGGCAUCUUCCCGCCGCUCGCCACCCCUUUCUCGCCCACACAGGAGGUGGACUAUGGCCAGCUGGAGGGGAACCUGCGCCGCUACGCCCGCAUCCCCUUCCGAGGGCUGGUGGUGCUGGGCUCCAAUGGGGAGUAUCCCUACCUGGCGUCCCGUGAGAAGGUGGAGGUGGUGAGCUGCGUGCGCCGGGCUCUGCCCAGGGAUCGCCUGCUGCUGGCUGGCUCAGGCUGUGAAUCCACCCAGGCCACCAUCGAGCUGACAGUCAGCAUGGCAGAGGCGGGGGCUGAUGUGGCGCUGGUUGUGACACCCUGCUAUUAUCGGGGGGCCAUGACCACUGCUGCCCUCAUCCAUCACUACACAGAGGUUGGCGACGCAUCCCCCAUCCCUGUGGUGCUGUACAGUGUCCCUGCCAACACCGGCCUGGACCUGCCCAUGGAGGCUGUCACCACCCUGGCUCAGCACUCCAACAUCAUUGGGAUCAAGGACAGCGGUGGGGACAUCACCCGCAUGGGGCUGAUGGUCCACAAGACAAGGCAGGAGGAUUUCCAGGUGCUGGCAGGAUCAGCUGGCUUCCUGCUGGCGAGCUACGCUGUGGGUGCCUCUGGGGGUGUGUGUGCCCUCGCCAAUGUUCUGGGUGACCCACUGUGUCAGCUGGACCACCUGUGCCGCACGGGGCAGUGGCAGGAGGCCCGGGACCUGCAGCACCGCCUCAUUGAGCCCAACACAGCGGUCACCCGCCGGUUUGGCAUCCCGGGGCUGAAGAAGGCCAUGGAGUGGUUUGGCUACUAUGGAGGUCCCUGCCGUGCACCCCUGGCCCCUCUGAGCCCUGCCCAGGUUGAAGAGCUGAGGAGCACCUUCCGUGCCAAUGGCUGGCUGUGAGCUGUUCUCCAUCUGCCCCUUCCCACACUGGGCAGCUACAGGAGUCAGGGACCCUGGGAACUGGGGACAUUCUGGGGACACUGAGGGGUGGCCAGGAGAAGGCUGCCAUAUUACUCUUCCCUGUUGGACAGGGCUGGACUGGGCA